CUGACAUUAAAUUCUCUCAUACUACGCCGUUCCCUGUGCCGAUCCUUUCAUUUUCACAUUACUUUACACACCGGAUCUUCUCACCUCCACGAAGGUUCAUUCAUCAUAUACAGUGCAUAUACUUUAAUGCUACGUCACUCUACUUUAGCAACCGUGGUUAUCACUACGCUCGUGUUUGAAGAGUGACUGGAUCCUCCACGUGCGUUCACUCGCGUCUGGCGAUUCUCGUCAGGCCUACGUCGGCACUCAGCACGUGAACAUCUCUGGGACUGCAGAGGUCCAUGGAAAUCCCCAACAAGCUCCUGUAUCAAUGGGAGUGCAAGCAGGGAGCCGUCAGGGCUUGCAGGUUCAACGUGGAUGGAAAUUACUGUCUCACCUGUGGAGGUGACAAGAGCAUCAAAUUAUGGAAUCCACACAAAGGACUGCACCUCAAGUCAUACAUUGGCCAUGGCAUGGAAGUCUUGGAUGCAAGAGGAUCCUGUGAUAACAGCCAGGUGGCAUCAGGCAGUGCAGACAAGACCGUGAGCCUGUGGGAUGUGACCUCUGGAAAUGUGAUGAGAAAAUGGAGAGGUCAUGUUGGCAAGGUGACCUGCAUAGCCUUCAAUGAGGAAUCCACUGUUGUCCUUUCUGGAUCAAUUGAUGGUUCUAUUAGGGCCUGGGAUGUGAAAAGUCACAAGAAGGAUUCGAUCCAGGUGAUGCAUGAGCCAAAGGACAGUGUGACAAGUCUGAAGGUGACCCAAUAUGAAAUCUUUGUUGCUUCCUUGGACAAACGAAUACGCAAGUAUGACCUACGCAAUGGAGAGCUGGUCACUGACUAUAUUGGACAACCUGUGAUGAGUUUGGAGCAGACAAGGGAUGGACAAUGUCUGCUUCUUGGCUGUACAGACAGCACCAUCAAACUCUUUGACAAGGACACUGGAGAACUCCUUCAAGAGUUCACAGGGCACAAGAACUUGGAGUACAGGAUCGAGAGCGUCAUCAGCGCAUGCGACCGGCUGGUUCUGUCGGGAUCAGAGGAUGGAAAGAUCUAUAUUUGGGACCUGGUAGAGGGAAGUGUGAAAGAGACCCUAGGCAUGUCUGGUGGGCACACCAUCCACUCCCUCUCCUUCCAUCCUAUGAAGCAACUUUUUCUCAGUGCAUCUCAGGAGACUGUUGCCCUCUGGGGUACAGAAGAAAACUCAGACAAAGGAGAGGAAUCUGUAGAAUGAGUCAUUGUUGGCUUUUGGAGACACUUCCAACUGCCCAGGUUCUGUGAUACCUGAUUGGUUUCAUUUUUUAUUUAUUAUGUAUUAAUUGUAAUAAAGGAUUGAAUUUUUCAAGA